AGAAUAUAUUAGUGCUAUAACAUAUUUCGGGAAAAAAGGAUUACGCCACUCAAUGUGUUUUCAAUAGGCACAACGGUGACGCAGAACGUACCGAGAACAUAGCGUGCUAUAUCAGUUGUUUACGUCUUCGCGUAGUCUGAUUAUUGGCCCAUUGUGACGCGAAUGACAUCUCGCAAUUUCUGAUUAACCAAGAUGUAUAGACACCAUCUUCUUGGUGACCAGAUAAGCGACAAGCCGGUGCCGAUUCCUCGCAGUCCUUUGCGAGCUCGGCCAGCAAGCACUAAGCGGUUCUUAAUUCGGAGCAACAAUUACGUACUCGUUGCGUUACAACGCGCUGACCGUCGCGAAUUCAUAUUCCCGUACGCCGUAGUGAUCAGUCGCGACCUAAGGUCUUAGCAAAUGUUGUACACUUGUGAAUAAAUAAAGCUUUUCAAGCAACGAAGCCGAUUUAUUCCCGCAGAUCGGCAAAUUAAAUAAACAUCUUUUUUUUAAAUCUUUUUUUUUUAAACCACCCGCUGUCGAAGGCGCGCGAACAAAUACUGAAUAUAAAAUUGGAAUGCAAUUUCAAUAUUUGUUAAACAUGUCACUAAAGGCAAACUAAGUGCCACAAUAAAAGAAAUAAAAUAAAUAUUAAAAUUAGAUAAACAUAAACUUUAUAAUAAAAUCAAAUACAGUAAAAAUCAAAAUGUUAAGGGGAUUCUAAAGUGGUCUGUUUUACCUAUUUUUUUCAGAUACACUUAACUUUUUUUUGGCUGUGUAGAAUAAAAAGUCCUUUUCUGUAAGUAAAGUACAUAUGUUAAUACACUACGGAUGGUCGAUUUAAAAGGAUUUUUCAAGCCACGCAGCCAAAAAAAACAAAUUUUACGAAAAAUAGAAGGUAAAACAGAUACGUCUCGAACCAGAUUUUUUUAAAUUUCGAAAAUUUUACACUAAUAAUGCAGCAAAAUGUUCAGAAAAUAGUUAUAUUUGCAAUUAAAUCUGAUGGCAUUGAAAUGAGUAAUCGUAAUAUGUAUUAUUGCAUCAUUGUUCUGCGCAGUUUUGUAAUUGCGCGAUGCUCAGCACUUAGUCAAACGUAACACCGGCAGUUGGCAAAGAGUUCUGUUUUAAGUUCAAGUAAUACGUUCGCUCUUCAUUUUGCGAUAUCCAUUAAUGUACCAGGAGAAAGUGCAGCAAUCAAUUUUUAAGCAGGUUUUAUUCCUGCUGAUCGUGCAUGAAGUUUGUUUGAAGUAGUGUAUUAUAUUUCACUAUUAAGAGAAGCUUGAAGUCGCACAAACACUUCUAGUAUGCUCCUGCUGUACGGCGCGGCGAUAAUUGCCAUCUUCUACAUUCUAUUCGAUGUGAACUACUUCUUGAGAGUUUUUUGCACCAUCGCUUGGGCCAGAUUCUUCGGCAAGAAGAAGAAGCUUUUAGAUACGUCCACAAUUUAUGGUAUCUGCACAACAUACGAUAUAGACAUAGUUCUAACGCACAUGAAUAAUGCGAGAUAUUUACGUGAAUUGGACUUUGCUCGUUACUAUCAUUACGACAGAACAAAAUUAUAUACAGCAAUCCUUAAGAGAGGAGGAGUGGCUUUCCAGACUGCAUCCAACGUGCGAUAUCGCCGAGCAAUUUCUUUCUUUAGGCCGUACAAAAUCACCACAAAGAUUAUUUACUGGGACAAUAAGCACUUUUACAUGGAGCAACGAUUCAUUAAUAUCACGGACAACUUUGUUUAUGCAAUUGUAUUAAAUAGACAAACUGUGAUCGGGCAAGAAAUAUCAAUACAGAAUAUAAUUACUGACAUUGAGCCAGAUACACGUAGACCGAAGCUCACGAAAGAACUUAAGCUUUGGCUCGAAAGUAUACAACAAUCAUCCCAAAAUCUAAGAAAACAAAGUUGAGAAGAUCGAUUUUGCAUAUUAUAUUGUGUUUUUUAUUUCCUUUUUUUAGAGUGAUUUUUGUAAGCUUUUUAUUUCGCUUUCCUGUGGAAAUAUAUAUUUUUGGAAAAUA